GCUCCACCCAGUCUCAUGACAUUAGAUUUUGCAAUGGAAGAACCGACCCUGUCUUCUUCUCUCUCCGGUGAUUGGCCUGUAGAUGAAGAGCUAGUGGCAGCAGCUACUGCCUCUGUACAAGCGCAGGAAAGGCUCUCCUCUUUAUUGAGAUCUAAAGCAGAAAAUAAACCCGCAGCUCAAAAAACUGCAGAUGAGAGUGUCACCAUAUUAGACUCAUUGCGUGAUCUAAAAAGCCGUGUCGAGGGUACUCAGUUUAUUUUCAGCCCUUUCUCCUUGGAUCACAAUCAACUCUCUUUGCUCCGCCAUCUUGUCGUGUCUCACACUCCUAAUAACCUCCACGAAGGGACGAAGGCAAAAAUAGCCGAGAAAAUAACAGAGAUAUUUGAUGGGCAAGUUAAGAGACUUGUGUACGCUACGAUACUUACAUGUCCGUGGUUUUCCGGCUCUCAGUCUGAAGAGUCUUCACAGGCGAAGAAUAACAUCCUUUAUGUUGUGUUUGUGUCACGAGAUGAGCAGUUCUUUACGCUAGCCACUCAACACGAGAAGGAGCUAUGUGAAACUGUCGAUCAAGGUGUUAUAUUUGCUUGCGAGGUGAGACAUUUUUGUGCUCAGCUCCAGCGUGGUAACGUCAGAGCAGUCGAAGCUUUAUGCUCCCCUCCUGAUUCGAUCAUCUUUAGCUCACCGGAGUGGAUCAACCUGGCAUCACUUCUUGAUCCAGUCUCGCUCUUGACUCGUACCUUUGUUGAUCGCUGCGUGGGACAGUCCGUCGGUGCCUUGGUAAAGAAGAGACCGACCUCUGGUAGACUGGUGAUCAGAGAUGAUGCUCUUGUAAAGAAUUUUUGUGACUCUUUUAGGCUUCUUUCUUAUGCUGAGUCAGCAAUUAAGAGAGAGCCAAUAAGUAGUUGGUUUGAUGUGGGCGUGACUGAGGAAGAAAAAGAGAUACUUCAAUCAUUGACGAAAGCAUUCGAAGGUUUAGUACACAAGGAGCAGUUGCUUGAAUACGUAUUGAAAGUAAAGGAGAGAGUAAAUGAAGGAAUAGGGGCAGUGCCUACUGCCCAGCCUGAAUGGACCGCACAGCUUGGAGAAUGGCUGACUAAAAUGAGAAUGGAGGGAGUUAAGUUUUCACUACCUCAAGAGCUGGAAUCAGAUUUAGAUCCCCAUCGUGAUUUCCUUGAUUCUCAAUCUCUAACGAGUGUCCACAGUCGUGACGUGAUCGUGAUUGCUAAGGCAGGAAGUCAAAUGUAUAACCUAGCUAUGCCUACAUCUGACACAGACUAUAUAGUGGUGUACAGAAAACCAACUCACGCUAUUGUUAGCAGUAGUUUCAACCACAAGGAAUCAAUGGAUAAUCGCGGACAUCAAGCUGAUACAGAAAUUGCUGCCUACGAGAUAAGACUAUUCUGUGAGAUGUUGCUAAAAGGAGCCGUGAACAUAUUCGAAUUGCUAUUUGCCGACAAUCUCUACUUUACAAGUAGUUACUGGUCCGAAUUAUCGUCGCUUAGGAAAAGCUUCAUGAGUGAAAAAGUGAUACUCCAGUAUAUUGGCUUUAUUAAGACACACAUGAAGCUGAUCAAUAGCGGGAAACACACAGGUACCCCGAGAGAAAGAAAACUCUUCUAUCAAGUGUUUCACAAGUUGCUGUCACUGGAGAGUUUCGUGUUAGGAGGAAACCCAGUCGUCACUUGUACUGGUAGCAAUAGAGACUAUUUGAUGAAGAUUCGUCAUGGACCUCUGGAAGGUGAUCUGGAUAGAGCUCUUCUCUAUUCAGAGGCACAGAGGAGGCUUGGGCUAGCUCGUGAGCAGCUGCUUGGGAGAGUAAAGAGAUUCCAAGAGUAUGGGGACUAUCGGAUAUUGCAAACAUGGCUGCUACUGGUUAGGGGAAUCUCUUUGAAGGAGCCACUGAAAAUGGUCACACCUCCCAUUUAAAUUUAGCUUUAUAUAUUUGUUUUUAAACAAAAACUAAUCCAUAUUUAAUAUAUUUUAAUUUUUUUAUCAUA